GAGGACCAGAGAGCCAUGCGAGGCAAUGCAGCGGUAUUUAAGUGCAUUAUCCCUGCGUCCGUGGAGGCCUAUGUUAGCGUUGUGUCGUGGGAAGACACGGUCUCGGUCGUCUCAGGACCAAGAUUCCUUGUCACAUCCACUGGAGCCUUGUAUAUCCUGGAUGUGCAGGCUGAAGAUGGAUCCAACUACUACCGCUGCAUUACUCGUCAUCGCUACACGGGAGAGACCAGGCAGAGCAACGGUGCCAGGCUCAUCGUUCUGGAUCCCAUCAACUCAGCCCCAGUGAUCCUGGAUGGCUUUGAGAGGCGGGAGGUGAUGGUGUCCCAGCGGGUGGAGUUACCCUGUAAAGCCUCAGGCCACCCCGCGCCCCGGUACCGUUGGCUGAAGAACAACAGUCCGCUGGAGUCAGACAGUCGGUACCACCAGAGCGUGUCAGGGUUGCUGAUCGAGAACACCCGGCCCGGCGACUCGGGCAGCUACGUGUGUGAGGUGUGGAACAGCUUUGGCAAUGCCAAGGUGGUGGGACAGCUGCUGGUCAAACAGCCUCUGAAAGCAGUGGUCAGUCCACGCAAGGUGAGGGGGAGCGUGGGAAGCCAGGUGUCUCUGUUCUGCAGUGUCACGGGUUCCGACGAGUACGAGAUCACCUGGUACCGCAACGGAGAGAAGAUCCACCCCGGCAACAACAUCCGGAUCACCGGCAUCAACAACGAGAACCUGGUGAUGGAGGGCAUGGCCAAAAGUGACGGAGGAGCUUACCAGUGCUUCGCCCGCAACGGCAAGAUGUCCACUCAGGACUUUGUACAGGUCAUCUUGGAAGAUGGCACGCCAAAGAUCCUGUCUGCCUUCAGCGAGAAGGUGGUGAGUCCUAACGAACCCAUCUCCCUGGUCUGUAACGUCAAGGGCACCCCCCUCCCCACGGUCACCUGGACGUUGGACGACGACCCGGUCAUCAAAGACAGCCACCACCGCAUGGACCGGAUCAUCACCAUGGAGGGGCACAUCCUCAGUUACCUGAACAUCUCCCACACGCAGGUGACGGACGGGGGCGUGUACCGGUGUACCUGCAACAACUCGGCCGGAACCGUCUCCUACCAGGCUCGAAUAAACGUAAGAGGACCCGCUAGCAUUCGUCCAAUGAAAAACCUCACUGCCAUCGCUGGGCGGGACACGUACAUUCACUGUCGCAUCAUUGGCUACCCGUAUUACUCCAUCAAGUGGUACAAAGAUUCCAACCUGCUUCCCUUCAACCAUCGCCAGCGUGCCUUCGAGAACAACGGUACUCUGAAACUGUCCAACGUGCAAAACUCUGACGAGGGCGAGUACACGUGCUACGUCCUGGUGGAUCCGGAAAAACAGAUUCACAGGAGUGUCCACGUCACAGUCAAAGUACCGCCCCUUAUCCAGCAUUCCGACUCUCAGAGCGCCUCCAUCGGACAGCGCGUCUUCAUCCCGUGCGUGGUGACCUCCGGCGACCUUCCCAUGACCAUCACCUGGCAGAAGGACGGAAAGCCGAUCAACGCCAGCCUUGGCGUCACCAUCGACAACAUCGACUUCACCAGCUCCUUGCGCAUAUCCAACCUGUCGGAGAUCCACAACGGUAGCUACACCUGCAUCGCCCGUAACGAGGCAGCCGCUGUGGAGCAUCAGAUUCAGCUCAUUGUCAAAGUCCCUCCGCAUUUCGAGGUACAGCCCAGGGACCAGGACGGGAUUUAUGGGAAAUCUGUGAUACUGAACUGUUCGGCAAAGGGAAAUCCAAUCCCCACCAUUGUAUGGAAACACUCUAAAGGUUCGGGUGUGCCUCAGUUCCAGCCCAUUCCUCUGAACUCCGGCUCCCGUAUCCAGCUCCUGGAGAGAGGCUCUCUGCUCAUUAAGCACGUUCUGGAGGAGGACAGUGGCUACUACCUGUGUAAGGUCAGCAACGAUGUGGGAGCCGACAUCAGCAAGAGCAUGUACCUCACCGUCAAAAUCCCUGCCAUGAUCAAGUCGUACCCUAACACCACGCUGGCGGAACAGGGUCAUAUGACAGAGAUGAGCUGUACGGCGUAUGGUGAGAAACCCAUUAAGGUGCGAUGGGAGAAGGAGUCCCACAUCAUUAACCCAGAUAUGAGUCGAUACGUGGUCACGGUCAAGGAGGCGGGCGAUGAGGUUAUAUCCACCCUGCAGAUACUCCACACGGUCAGAGAAGAUUCCGGAUUCUUCUCCUGCAUUGCGAUCAACUCCUAUGGCGAAGAUAAGGGAAUCAUUCAGUUGACUGUGCAGGAGCGCCCGGACCCCCCUAACGUGGAGAUCCGAGAGGUGCGGGACAGGACUAUUGCUCUGCGUUGGACAAUGGGCUUUGAUGGCAACAGUCCCAUCACGGGCUACGACAUCAAUUACAAGAAUAAAUCAGCCUCCUGGGCCUCGUCCCAGACAACCAAAGACGUCUCUCCCCAGCUGAACCAGGCCACCAUCAUCGAGCUUCACCCGGCCUCCACCUACAACAUCCGCAUGUUCGCCAAGAACCAGAUCGGCGAGAGCAGGCCCAGUAACGAGCUGACCAUCACGACCGACGAAGCCCCUCCGGAUGGCGUUCCACAGGACGUGCAGCUGGAGGCAAUAUCUUCUCAAAGCAUCAAAGUCACGUGGAAGCCUCCACACAAGCACCUUCAGAACGGUCUGAUUCGGAGCUACCAGGUGUGUUACCGGGAAUACGGAACGGGAGGAAGCCCCCAGUACAACACCAUCAACGUGGACACCACCGGCGACAUAGAGACCAUCACUCUGGACAAUCUGAAGAAGUACACCCAGUACGAGGUCCGGGUGCAGGCGGCCAACCGGGCAGGCAUGGGGCCGACGUCAGAGGAGGUCACCAUCACCACCCUGGAGGACGUUCCCAGCCGACCUCCCGAGAAUAUCGUCAUCACGGCAACCACACCAGAGUCCAUCUCUCUCUCCUGGGCCACCCUUCCCAAAGAGGCUCUUAAUGGCAUGUUGCUAGGUUACCGCGUCAUCUACUGGGCCAAUUUACCUGACGGAGAGCUGGGAGAGAUCAGGAACGUUACGACCAUUAAGCCUUCCCUGGAACUGGAUGGACUGGAGAAAUACACCAACUACAGCAUCCAGGUCCUGGCCUUCACCCGCGCAGGGGACGGGGUCCGCAGCGAACAGAUCUUCACCCGAACCAAAGAGGACGUUCCUGGACCUCCUGCAGGGGUAAAAGCGGCAGCCUCCACCAGUUCCGUGGUGUUUGUUUCCUGGUUGCCUCCGCUCAAGCUGAACGGAAUCAUCCGGAAGUACAUCGUCUUCUGUUCCAACCCUUACCCCACGGUGAUCAGUGAGUUUGAGGCCGCCCCUGACGUGUACUUCAGACGCUUGACUAACCUGAACCAUAACUGGCAAUACAGCAUCUGGGUGGUUGCCGUGACGGCAGCCGGGCGAGGGAACGCCAGCGAGAUCGUCACCGUGGAACCUCUGGCCAAAGCUCCGGCCAGGAUCCUGACGUUCAGUGGCACUGUGACGACUCCGUGGAUGAGAGACAUCGUGCUGCCCUGUAAAGCCGUGGGAGAUCCCCCUCCCACCAUUAAAUGGCUGAAAGGAAACAACGGUACCCCAGCUCCAGUUCUCAUCGACGGUCGACGGAGUGUCCAUAGUAACGGCAGCUUUGUCAUUCGGACGGUGAAAGCAGAGGAUUCUGGGUACUACAGCUGUGUCGCCAGUAACAACUGGGGGUCUGAUGAGAUCAUGUUAAAUCUGCAGGUUCAAGUUCCACCUGAUCAGCCACGGCUGACCGUGACCAAAACCACCACCACCUCCAUCACGUUGUCCUGGAUACCCGGAGACAAUGGGGGGAGCUCCAUCCGAGGCUACAUACUGCAGUACUCUGAAGACAACAGCGAGGAGUGGGGCAGUUUUCCCAUAAGCCCCAGCGAACGCUCGUACCGUCUGGAGAAUCUGAAAUGCGGCACCUGGUACAAGUUCACCUUGACCGCUCACAAUGGAGUUGGCCCAGGACGCAUCAGUGAGAUCAUCGAAGCUAAAACCCAUGGAAAAGAGCCGCAGUUCGCCAAAGACCACGAGCUCUUCUCCAGCAUCAACUCUUCCCGGGUGGAGCUCAACCUGAUUGGCUGGAACAACGGCGGCUGCCCAAUCACGUCCUUCACGCUGGAGUACCGGCCGGUGGACACGGCGGUGUGGACCAUGGUCCAGCGGGCCUCGCUGACCAAGAGCCACGUCCUGUACGACCUGCAGGAGGCCACGUGGUACGAGCUCCAGAUGAGGGUGGGAAACAGCGCAGGGACGGCCGAGAAGAGGGUCCUGUUCGCCACGCUCAACGUCGACGGCAGUACCAUCGCACCCCUGCCAAAGAAAGUGGACCUGAGUCAGGAGAACAGGCGCGGGAACGAGGGCCUGAAGAUGAUGGUGACCAUAAUCUGUAUCCUGGUGGUUAUCGCCAUGGUCUUCAUCGUCCUGCUGGUGCUGAGGAGGAGGAGGAGGGAGCAGAGACUGAAGAGGUUACGCGAUGCCAAAAGCUUGGCUGAGAUGUUGAUGAGUAAGAACACCAGGACUCCAGACACGGUGAAUAAGCAGCAGCAGACAUUGAGGAUGCACAUUGACAUCCCCAGAGCUCAGCUUCUCAUCGAAGAGAGAGACACUAUGGAGACAAUCGACGACAGGUCCACGGUGCUGCUGACAGAUAAUGACUUCGGGGAGACAUCCAAACAGAAAUCGUCCACGGUCACGCAUACGGUCCACUACCAAUCCCUGUCCCAGGCCACGGGGCCCCUGGUGGACGUGUCAGACGCGCGGCCCGGAACAAACCCUACUGCCCGUCGAACAGCUAAAGCAGGCCCUGCCACACGUAGCCGCUACGCUAGCCAGUGGACCCUGAACAGGCCACACCCACCUGUUUCCUCUCACACGCUGACCACCGACUGGAGACUGCCCACACCCCGCGCCACCGGCUCUGUGGACAAAGAGAGUGACAGCUACAGCGUCAGUCCCUCUCAGGACACAGACCGUGCGCGGAGCAGCAUGGUGUCUACAGAGAGUGCCUCAUCCACAUACGAGGAGCUGGCCCGCGCGUACGAGCACGCCAAAAUGGAGGAGCAGCUCAGACACGCCAAGUUCACCAUCACGGAGUGUUUCAUCUCCGACACCUCGUCCGAGCAGAUGACCGCCGGCACCAACGACUACACCGACAGCCUGACGUCCAGCACCCCGUCCGAGUCGGGCAUCUGCCGCUUCACCGCCUCGCCCCCCAAACCUCAGGAUGCCAGCCGGGUCAUGAACAUGGCCGUGCCCAAAGCCCACAGACCCGGUGGUGAACUGGUCCACCUCCCCCCUUACCUGCGCAUGGACUUCCUGUUGAACCGGGGCGUGCCCCCGUCGUCUGGUCGCGAGGCCACGGGACAGGUGUGCCUGGAGCCUCAGAAGAGCCGCACACUCAAACGCCCCGCCCUGCUGGCGCCCACGCCCGCUGAGACCCCCUCUUCCUCGGGGCCGCCCAGCCGGGAGGUGCAGCAGUGGCAGCCGGGGACUGCGUCCACACUGCCCCAGCGGGAGCCUGGAGAUCUCGCCCAGGCCGCCAAACUCAGUAGCUCCCAGGAGUCUCUGCUGGACUCAAGAGGACACCUGAAACAGAGUAACAACCCCUACGCAAAAUCCUACACACUGGUAUAACACAGGUCUUUUGACAUGGACCGCAGAACUGCA